GGGUGGGGGAGCAGGGAGUAUUUGCUGUUUCCUCAGAACAUGAGUGGAAGGUAACAGGAUUUACCAUUAUGGUUCCACAAGCAAUAUAACUAUUUUCCAUCUUGUUAUCUACAUAAAACAGUUCUUCAUGAUUUUGUGUUUGACACAGGAGGGGAUAUGCAUUAAAAAUAUGGGUCCCAGGGCCAGGGAUUUAGCUUGGUGGUUUCGCUGCCUGCUGGGCAAGUGCAAGGACCCAAGUUCUAUCCCCAGUACCAAAAAAAAAAUAUGGGUCCUGGGCACAUUCCACAAGAUGAUUCAUGAGGACUAGUCUGAGGCCCAACAAUAUGCAUCUUUCAAAUUUCCCAAAUAACCUAGAGCUAGUCAGGACCUGUUAGCCUUGAUUUGCAAAACCCUGGUGGAGCCAGGGAAUUACCAUUUCUUAUGGGGCACCACUGGGACUCUUUCUACCUGGGAAGACCCCAUGUAUGGAGAAUCAGAAAGUGCAUGUAAAGAACCAGGACUGUGGUUUAACUGUCCCAUUUCCCUUAGGAUCCCAGCAAACAUGAAAUAGAACGCAUUGUUACCGCCAUCAUUUCUUUUUUGUCUUUUUCCCCUUUAAUUUCAUGUUUCUGGCCUGGGUUCCUCGUGCCUUGCAGGAAGUGUCCCAAAGACCACUGGACAAUGGAGCUUCCUUGGAGGGGAAAGGCUGGUAUCCUGAAAAACAACUCCAGCUGUCCAGCCAGCUGACCUGCCCACCAGCAGUACAGCCAGGGGCUCCCUCCACCCAAGCCAUUCUUAGCAUGGUCCUGAGCCAGCCCUUUCCAAUUAAUCUGAAUCAUUUCAUUCUUGCUGGUUAUCUGGGGUUCCCUCAUACUCCUUGCAAAAUGCUUCUGAGACAUUCUGGCCUCGUUUUAUCAAGGACCUAAAAGCUGAUCGACUUUUAUUGGAUAUCUGAAAAAAAAUCCAAGCUGAAAAUUCUUGAACUGAAAAAAUAUUUGAACCACAAGGGAGCCAGGCAGAAUCCAUUUCCUAGGGAGGAAAUAUGUUGAUUUCUGUCCUGCUAAUGAGAAACAGGCAAAAAGAGGGACAUGCCUAAAGUCACAGACUACCAUUCUGAUUCCUAGUCAGCUCAGCUUAGCUUAUUGCCUGGAGUGACAUGGGAGGUAAAUGGCAGAGGAUCUGGGCACACUUCCCCUUGGCCAUGCAUUGAUGUUGCUGCAUUGUGGUGGGAUAAAAGGUGGCCUUCACAGUCACAAUGCUCCCGGGUCACAGAGGUGCUUGCCUGUAGGCAAGCCUGGGAAGUUCCCUGUGGGAACAUCUGGUGAGUACUACAGGCCUUAUCCCAGGUCCUAUGGCCUGUGGGACCUCACCAGUGGGGGGAAGGCUGGGCGGGACAGAGUCAUCACCUGUAGCACUGGUCUCAUGGAUGAGGUGGAGUGGAUGCACAGACACCCAAAGGCAGAGGACCUAAGAAUUGGGCUCAUCAGCUGGGCAGGAACCUACCUCACCUUCGAAGCAUAUAAGAAUACAGUCACAGCUAAUGCAAAGAGUUUGGGCAGGAGACAGAUCUGGGAUCUCCUGGUGAGCAAUGAGCAUGAGACACAGGCUGUGGUAAAACUAAAGAGCUUGAAAGGCCUCUACCUUCUAUGUGAAGGGGAUGGUUCUGUGUGCCAUGGCCAGCCAAGGACCAGCCACCACGGAUGCUUCCUACUCCAAUUCCACCGGAAUGGCAAGUGGACCCUCCAGUGCAUAAUUUCUGGUCGUUAUCUAGAGUCUGAUGGUACAGAUGUGUUCUGCAAUUCCCAGGUCCUCUCAGCUUACCACAUGUGGACCCCCCGGCCAGCUCUGCAUGUUCACGUGACCCUCUAUAGCCCCAUCUACCGCACCUAUGCCCGGGCUGACCAUACUGUGGGCCGCAUCUGGGUGGAUGCAGCAGUCCCUUGCAUGGAGGAAUGUGGCUUCCUGUUGCAUUUUCAAGAUGGAUGCUAUCACCUGGAGACCUCUACACACCACUUCUUGUCCCAUGUCAACCGACUGGUCUCCCAACUCUCAUCGCAGACAGCUUUUCACAUUCAAGUGAGGCCCAGAGGUCUCGUGGCACUGUGUGAUGGAGAAGGAGGCACCUUAUAUCCACAGGGCUCACACCUGCUCCUGGGCCUGGGCUCCAGGCCCAUGAAGGGUGCAGAGUGGUUCAUCCUACAACAUUUCCCUACCUGGGUCAGCCUCAGGUCAAAGGCUCGGAAGUUCAUCUCAGUCCUAUAUGGUGCUGAGGUGUGCGCUACCUCUGCAUGCUUGACACCGAUGUCCUUGUUCCAGUUUGAGUGUAAUAGUGAGAGCCCCACUUUGCAACUUCGUUCAACCAAUGGCUGCUACCUAGCCCAGAGGCCCAACAGAGCAGUGAUGGCUGAUGGGCAUGCAGUGGAGUCUGAUACCUUCUUCCGUGUGCACUGGAAUUGUGGAAAGAUCAUCCUGCAAUCCUCCAGUGGGCGCUUUCUGAGCAUUGCACCCAAUGGUCUGCUGAUAGCCAAUGCCACCAUCCCAGGCCCAAAUGAGGAACUGGCAAUUCGAUUUGCCAACCGCCCCUUCCUUGUAUUGCGAGGUCGGUAUGGGUAUGUGGGCUCCACAUCAGAACGUGACCUCAUCCAGUGCAAUAUGGAUCAGCCAGACUGCAUUCAGCUCCUGCCCUGCCACCAGGGCAUCUACCACUUCCAGGCACAGGGUGGAUCGUUCUGGUCAAUAACAUCUUUUGGCACCUUCCGCCCUUGGGGAAAGUUUGCCCUCAACUUCUGCAUAGAACUUCAGGGGAGCAACUUGCUCACAGUGCUGGCACCCAAUGGCUUCUACAUGCGAGCCGACAGAAGUGGUACCCUACUGGCAGACAGUGAAGGCAUUACUAAAGAGUGUAUCUGGGAAUUUUAGAUCAAUGGGAUACCACCUGCCAAACUCCAAAUCCUCCAGGAAAAACAGCUGCAAAAAACAGCACAAGAACCCCCAGAGUCAAGAUCCAAGAGAAGAAUACGUUACACAACUUUUCCUACCCAGUUUAGCCAAACACCUGUUUCAAACAACAAUACAUCACAACAAGCCACCCCCAAGAUCCUUGUGUGCAUUUGACUCAGUAGAGAGUAGAGGGUCUGCCUGAGGGCGGGGGCUGCAUUCCCAGGCAACUUCAAGUUCUGUCCAGGAGAAGGGAGACCAAGUGGUCACCAGUUCUCCCACUCAUUCUCCCCAUCUCUACCCAGAAUCACUAAAGUUUUCCAGUGACUACAUGAAAAGCCAGACCUGCAAUGAAGGGUUCAGAAUCCACAUAUAACUUUAAAUAUUCUUUUGGUUUAGAAAAAAUGGAGGAUUUUUAAUCGUAGGGGCAAAGGAUGAUGGUAAUAACACCUUAUACCUGUAUAGCCCACUCUCACCUCUCUCCACUACAGUUUAUCGAAUUUCCUUGUCCUAUCAUUACCUUUGAUCCAGGAAAAUAAGUAGGACAUUAUUUCUUCCACUAUUUCUCACCUUGUACAAAUAUCCAAAGUGAUUCCUUCACCCAAGUUCCCAUGGCUAAGCACAGCAGAGCUAGUCCUGUAACUUAGAUAUUCAGACUUUGAUCUCCACCAUUCUUUCUAUCAAAAUAGGGCUUCCAAUAAUGUCUAUCUUUCUGGCACUACCUAUGUGAUUUUGGCCUUAUCUGUCCUAUUAAUUUCUUAUUGACCUAGACUCUUAAAGACAUUUAUUUAGAAAAGAACACUGUAUUAAUAUCAAGGGUGAGGGGUGAGGAGGAGGGGCAGGGGAAUGAGAGAAAUAAAGAUGUGCCAUGUACAGGAACCUAAUAACUCCAAUUAAUGUAAACACUAUAUGAUAUAACAUGAGCUAAAACAAAUAAUGUCAACCAGUACAAAAAAGGGGAUGGGAAAUUGGAAGGGGAGAAGGAAGGGGGAGAGAAGGAGAAGGGGAUUUUAAAAAAAAGAAACAACAGACCAGCAGAGGAUUUAGCUCAGUGGCACCAAGCCCCCCUCACAAGCACAAGGUCCUGAGGUCCUGAGUUUAAUCCCCGGUACCUCCCCCCCAGAAAAGAAAGAAAGAAACAAGCUAUAAUAUGUACAGGUAAUCACUCCCCAAGAUGUUCAUAAACUGCGUGAAUUGCAAACAUGUACUCAUUAAAUUAAAAAAUUAUUUUAAAAAGAAUAUUAUAUUAAUAUCAUAAAGCAGAAAACCACAAUCACUUGCCAUAAAUAAAAAGUGACUAUAAAAAUAAAUACCAUGAAAACAAAGGGAUGUUAUCACAUCCUAGUUAGAUCUCUCCCCUUUACCCAGGGCUCAGCACCCAGGGCUCCCUUUCCCUUUGUUAAUAAAAAAGAUUAACAACUACUAAAGAGAAGCCAAAUGAAGCAAAAUGAAAUUUUCUCCCUAUGCAAUCAGAACUGAAAGAGAAUAGAAAAGGGAAUAAUUUUCUCACUUCUGACUCACUAUUAUUUAAAACAGCAGCCACGUGCCUCCUACAAUAUUCCCAAACACCAGCAGCGGUGCCUGAAUGCCAAAGUGAGCGCCUGAUUAGUAGAUCCACUGAAAGAAGAAGACCAAAACCAUAGGAUAAGGGAGGCUCAGUUUGGAUAAAGGAAAAUUAUUUUAGGAUUCUGGAAAUAUAUUUUUCUUCAAGAUACAUAAAAGAAUUUAAUUUUUUAAACAUGAUAGGAAAAAGUUAAAAUUCAAGAGACUAAUUCACAGCCCAAUGCAUCUGUAGGCCCAGCCACUCAGGACACUGAAACCAGAGGAUCAGUUGAGCCCAGGAGUUCAAGGCCAAUCUAGACAAUACAGUGAGACCCUGCAUGAAAUAAAGUCCUAUCACUUUAGAGAGAUAGGACUCUUUGAAGAUCCUUUCAUGCAGCAUCAUAAAUAUAUAUUCAAGCUGGGUGUGGUGUUACAUACCUGUGAUCCCAGCACUUAGGAGGCUCAGGCAGGAGGAUCACUGUGAGUUCAAGACCAGCCUGAACUACAUAGCUAGACCUUGUCUUAAAAAAUAAAUAAAUAAAUAAAUAAAUAAAUAAAUAAACUCAGAUGUAUGGGCAUGUGUGCUCAGGAAUAUACUUGUAUGCAUACACAGCAUCUUAUGCCCAGCUCCCUACAAGUGACAAUCCAUCCUUUGCUUGAAUGUGCUCGGCUCUGAGGCCCCAGCCGGAACUGUGCUGUUGCAUGGAACUUUCCACACUGAUGGAAAUGCUCUGUAAUCUUCACUGUCCAGUAUAGCACACAAGCCGCUUGUGACCAUUGGGCAUUUGAAAUGUGGCGAGUGCAAGCAACGAGCUGAAUUGUUCACAUUAUUUAAUUUACAUUACAUGUAAAUAGCCACAUGCGAUUGAUCACUGGUUACUGAACAGCACAGCUUUGGAGA